AUGGACAGAGCCGCAUCCAGUGGCCAUCUUGACGUCGUGCAAUACCUACAUGAGAAUUGUUCGGAAGGCUGCUCAACUUCUGCUAUGGAUGAUGCAGCACGUAACGGGAACUUGCAGAUUGUGCAAUGGUUGAGCGAGAACCGAACUGAGGGCUGUACAACGCACGCAAUGGACUAUGCAGCUGCUGGGGGGCAUAUCGAAGUGGUGAAGUGGCUUCACGACAAUCGACACGAAGGGUGCACAAUUAAUGCAAUGAACUACGCUGCGAAAAAUGGACACUUGGACGUAGUAAAAUGUCUUCAUCUAAACCGAACAGAAGGAUGUACGACUGAGGCAAUGGAUGGUGCUGCUGGAAGUUGCUAUUUGGAUGUAGUUCUGUGGCUUUCUGAGAACAGAAGCGAGAGCUGUACAACUCUUACACUGGAUCAUGCAGCAAGAAACGGUUACCAAAACAUGGUAGAAUGGCUGCUUCGGAACAGCAGCGAGGGCGGUACGGCAGCUACCAUGGCCUCCAUCGCGGCACGAGGCAACAUUGAAGAGGUGUAUUGGUGCCACUUCGUUGCUCGCGUACCUUAUGAUGCCAGCGCUAUAGACGCUGCAGUGCUAAAUAGCCGCUUUGCUGUUGCGUGGUUUCUUCACGAACACCGCGAGUCGAAUGGAUGUGACAUCGUACGGGCACUGAUUGAGUGCCCCAAAUCAAAUCGCCGCUGCAAAUUUACUGAAUGGAUGUACUCGCAUCACCGAUGCAAGCUGAAGUCAAUGGCGGGGGACAUCUUUGCUGACUCGUAA